AACGUGUUUUCCAAAAUAUUAAACUAUAUGUUUUUAAAUUUCUAACUUCCAAGAUAAAUAAAUAUUUAAGUUUAUUCUUCCUUCAACAAAAUAGGAAUUCACAAUAUAAGUAAUGAUGCAAACAUUAGUAAAUACGCUGAAAUUUUCAUUUUCAAAAAUUAAUAUACAACCAGUUCGUCAUCGAUAUUGGAAAGACCAACAAGGUGCUCGACCAUUAAUUCGACGAUAUGGUUAUAAUGAUGAUAAAAUUCUCCAAUCUGGGUUAUUGCCACGAUCAGCCGAUGAAAAAAAUAAAUUACCAAUGCCCAUAUAUAGACCCAAAGAUGUUUGGAAUGAACGCAGAGCUCUUUUUGGACAAAACGACUACAUUGAUAUUUUAGGAGAUGAAUCUGUGCAUCCUGUCAGAGUACUAUACAAUGUACCAUCGUGGUUGAGAGGCGUAAAAGGCAAUGAGUUUCAAAUAUUAUUAAGGAAAAGAAAAAUGUUACAACACGGUGUGUAUCCAUUGGCUAGACCUACAAAAUGGAGCCUAAUGCAAAAACGAAUCAAAUAUUUGUAUACUUUCUUGAAUAGAAAAACUAGAACUGGAAUGGAAAAAUAAUUAUUUAAUUUGUUAAACAAUAUAAAAUAUUAGUAUUUAAAAUUAUUUAUAUUUAACU